UCGAGAACCAGCGAUAGUGGAGGUCUCGCGAAGUUGUUACUCCCCGUGUGGACUUGACCCGAUUCGGUAUCUUUCUCAUUAUCGUGAUAUCUGCUGGAACGUUUUUAAAAGUGGCUACGAUGACGGUGGAAGUGUGUACGCGGGUGGGCGUGCGGGUCUCCGCCGCCCCUGGAGCUAUCAAGGAAGAGGCCCACAGUGGAACUGGGAGUUCGCCCGCCCAUGAAACCUCAGAGGCGCCCACGCCCAGGCCCAAAUUUAUGAUCACAGACAUCUUGGCGCAGCACAAGCCACCCUCCUCGACACACAGCAGCGAAUUGUCCGCCGCGCCCACAUCGCCCAUCGAGGAACCCAAGGACCUGAGUCUCACUCGGCCUCCGCAUCAUUCCGAGGACGAGGAAAUUGAUCUGGAGGGUGACGCGAGCCACGACGAGGACGACCCCGACAACAAUGACCCUGAAAAUGGCGAAGGCUGCUCAGACGGGUCAGGGCAACCGCCCCUGAAAAAGCAGCGGAAGGCCAGGACAGCCUUCACAGACAAUCAGCUCCAGACCUUAGAGAAGAGCUUCGAAAGACAGAAAUACCUGAGCGUCCAGGACCGCAUGGAACUGGCCGCCAAGCUGAACCUCACAGAUACCCAAGUCAAGACUUGGUAUCAGAACAGAAGGACUAAAUGGAAAAGGCAGACGGCCGUGGGCCUGGAACUCCUGGCGGAGGCUGGCAACUACGCCGCCGUCCAGAGGCUCUACAGCACGCCUUACGGCUGGCCCUACCCUCCGCAGGCGUCGUCCGCCGCGGCAGCGGCGGCUGCAGCAGCUGCCCUCAGCCCGUCGGCAGCUUCCAUGGACUUAUACUACAGACAGGCGGCUGCCGCUGCCGCCCUGCAGAAGCCCCUCGCAUACCGCCUGUAUCCUACGGGACUCCCCAUCCUGCCCCACGUCGCCACCACCUCAGACCCCCUCAGAGACGCCCUGAGACCAGAGGCCCUCAGACCCGAAACCAUCAGACCGGAGGCCCUCAGACCGGAGCUUCGCCACGACACUCUGAGACAGGAGAUGCUGCGGCAGGAUCUCCGCUCGGAGGCCUUCAGGCCAGAGGCCCUGCGUCCGGAUGUCCUCAGGUCCCUGGCCUCUUCGUUGCCAGGUUCCUCCCUCACCGUCACAGCCUCCCUCCCCUCCUCUCCCCUUACCUCCCCCCUGUCCUCCUCCUCCUCUCCGUCUCCCCUGUCCUCCUCCGCAGGUGGCCUGACAGCGCCGUCCUUACCGCCCUACUAUCGGGCGGAGACCGCGUCGCAGGUCUAAGGGCCGACACGUGUGUCCUUUGGAAAUCCUUCUUCCUCCUCCUCCUCACCCGCGUCAAAACCCCGACAUCCCCGGCCCCGUCCUUCUCUCUCUCUCUCUCUCUCUUUCUCUCUCCCUCUCAGAGCCGUCUUCGGCCCUCCUUAUUAAUCCUCCUCUCUCUCUCUCUCUCUCUCUCUCUCUCUCUCUCUCUCU